AUGACACUUUCUCCAAUAUUAUAUACUCGUGAUCCACCUUCGUUGAAGAUUUUAAAUCAACUUUUAUUACCUCAUCAAAAAGUAUACGAAAAUGUAACAACAGUUCAACAAGGUUAUGAACAAAUUAAACAAAUGAAAGUUCGCGGUGCUCCUGCAAUAGGACUUGUAGCAGCACUUUCUUUAGCCAUAGAACUUCAAAUUAAAUAUCUCGAAUUCUCAAAUAAUCAAAAUCAUAAAGAUUUUGAACCUUUAAAUAUAAUUUCUUCCCCAACGGCACUUGGUGAAUUUAUUCGUAAAUCUUUAGAUUAUUUAAAUACCUCACGUCCAACUGCAGUAAAUUUAUUUCUCUCUUCAAAAAAAUUAUGGGAAGUUACUUGUGAUGGACUAAAAGAAAAUUUAAAUUCAAAAGAAAUUAUUGAAAAAAUAGUUGAUUUUGUUGUAAAAAUGUUGGAAGAUGAUUUAAAGGAUAAUAAAAAUAUAGGAAAAUUUGGCGGUGAAUUUUUAUUCAGUAAAGUUGAUAAUGAGAUGAUUAGUGUAGUUACUCAUUGCAAUACCGGAUCAUUAGCAACUUCUGGAUAUGGAACAGCUCUUGGUAUUAUUCGAUAUUUACAUGAACAAGGACGACUCUCUCGAGUCUACUUUACCGAAACACGCCCUUAUAAUCAAGGGUCACGUUUAACUUCUUAUGAAUUAUUACAUGAUCAAAUUCCAAGUACAUUGAUUUGUGAUUCAAUGGUUUCUGCUUUACUAUCUUCUUCUUCUUUACCACAUAUUAACAAUAUUAUCGAGCAAUCUCAAACAAAUUUAACAACUUGUAACCAAAUCUCUGCAAUCAUUGUUGGAGCAGAUAGAAUUGCCAAAAAUGGAGAUACGGCAAAUAAAAUUGGUACAUAUCAAUUAGCUAUAACUGCAAAAUAUCAUGGUAUUAUUUUUAUUGUUGCUGCACCAUCCACAAGCAUUGAUUUAAAUAUUGAAAGUGGCAAAGAUAUUAUUAUAGAAGAGAGAUCGGAAGAUGAAUUAGUUUUAGUUAAUGGAGCUAUCAUAAAUGAGAAUGAUAAUAUUAUUAUUGAUAAAGUUAGAGUGCCACCUAAAGGUGUUAAAGCUUGGAAUCCAAGUUUUGACAUAACACCAGCUGAACUAAUUACUGCUAUAAUAAGCGAAGAAGGUGUCUUUGAAAAGAAACUGGGAAUGAAAGAAUUCGAUUUGACAAAUUUUAAAUAA